AUGUGCCGCUGGUGGGCAUUGGCGAUUCUCUUUUGGCAUGUCUCGGGUGAGGCUCCUCCAGUUGUAGAGCCUUCAGAGCUGGCUUCGCCCGAACCCUCCACCUUCCUGGCAGCAGCUGCUGACACCAGAGAAGCUGAGGCCGGAUCACCAUCUCCUCCGACAAGUGACGACGGGGAGGACGAGGAAGCCCGGUUGAGAGAUAAGAUCGCACAGGAAGUGGAAGAGAAAAUGAAAGAGCAUGCAGAAAAGAAACAUGAAGAAGAGAAAGAAGGUGAGGAAGCAGAGUCGGACUCUACCUUCCUGAUUUUUUUGGUCCUCGGCGUGGCUGCCGUUGCACGGUUUCUGUGCAAGGGGCGGGUUCAGAGGGAGCAUUCUGGUUACAUGAUCAUCACAGACACGUCUCCUACAAAAAAGCGGGAGACAGCAGCCAAGUUCUGGGCGUCGAAGCGCACUCAAAGUCUUGACAGCACCGGCUCCAGUGCCGUGGAGAAGCACAAAUCCAAUGGAAGUGGAACUGCCACUGGAAUGCCAGCCCCUCCAUUGCGUCCAGUGCCAGCCUCUCCAUUGCGUCCAGGUCCAAAGCAAGCUCCUGAGGGCAAGGGUGCGCUUGACCUCCUUUUCAACGCGCCCAAGCUGGCUGAGUCCCUGUCGCACCUGGGCUUGCGCCGGAGGGAUGGAGCCCAGGAGGUGGCACCGGCGGCGAGGACCACGUGGUGGCGCCAAGCGAUUGAGCCAUACAGGCAAACACUUGGCUUUACCAUGGAAGAGGCUGCGGUGAUUGACACGCCCAUUGCUGGACUAAGAGGUGCACUGGGAUACGAUGGGUCGGCAGAUUGGCUCCGGUGGGCCAACCUGGCGGAGCAACAGAUGUCAAGUCUGCGGAAGGAUGUUGAAGGAGGCCUGGUGCCUGUGGAUCCUGUGGAUCCUGUGGAUGGCCAUGAUCUUCGUGCACUGCAUGCUGACUUUGCUGUCCAAGACCUGUGCCGUGGAGCUCGUGCCAGGUUGGAUGAGUUGUGCAAGAAGUUCAAUACCUCGCUUUCGAGAUUUGAUGCUGAGCAGUACUUCUGGAGUCAUUGCUGGCCAAGAAAGGACACCGCUGCUGCCGCAAGCAGCUUUGCAUUUGACGGACGCUGGAACUACUCGUCAGGUUCACUUCAGGUGACUGGUGGCGCCGUUCACUGGCAGAGUGGCCUGGUGACACCGAUCAACGCCACCAGCGACCUGGUCUUUGACAUGGCCUUGGAUGGCGAGGUCUUCCAGGGCCGACUCGAAGAUGCUGGCAAGCGACUGGUUUUCAGUGACGGAGAUGUCUGGACGCGGCAGACUCCCAUCCAGGAACAUCCGCCCCAUGACGCUGGGGCGACGACUUGCCAAAGCACGAGGCCGGAGCAGAAGGUGAGACUCAUCCAUCAGGUUGAGGUGCCAGAAGUCGAAGUUGAGGAAGACGUAGAGCCCAUGGAGCUGGACGCCAAGGAUGUGAUGUCCCAGGAGCCACCUGGAGGGGACCAGAUUGUGGCAGCAGUUUCUGAAGUGCUGUUCAAGGCAGUGGCCAAAGCAGAUGUUGAGACGGUGCGACUGGGCCUACAGCAGGUGGGUCUCUUGGGACACGAAGCCGUGCAAAGUCUGCUAUCCAUCAGAGAUGAGGGCGAUAGCCUUUUGCAUCUAGCUGCAGCUGGGUCCAGGCAGUCCUCCGAUGCUUCAUCCUACGUUCAAAUCGCCAACACGCUCCUGGUCGCUCGGGCAAAUGUCAAUGAUUGCAACCGCAGUGGAGCAACCCCAUGGCGCUUGGCUCGAAAGUCCGACCCGGUGAUGGAGAAGUUGCUCCUGGCAUUUGGCGCUGAUCCUGAUAUCGGAGGUGACAAAUCUGAAGUGACUUUGGUGAAGCCUUUCAAGGCGCAGUUGGCACAGCCCGGACAGUCGCCUGAGAAGGUCGGCACCAGUGAAGCAUCGACUCGGCCCACUCGAUCGUCAUCACUGGGCAGCUUGGCGCUACCAGAGCAACGGACGGACGAAGAGUCAGUGGAGGACCACAAUCCUUGCCAGAUGCCGGAAGAGCCACCUCCAGGUGCCAAGACCACCGACUGGCCUUUGGACCUGCUUCGCGGUGAGUGCCGGUCUCACAAAUUGCCUGUCUCGCAGGGUUGUACCGAGGCGCAGCUGGUUGAGCGACUUGCCGAGACGAUGUUAACGCCUGGGACGAAGAAAGGCUCACUACUCGCAGGGGUUUACAUCGUGGAUGCUUGCUUGCUACCAGCCGGGCCCUUCUCUGCAGCUGCCUUGGUCAGUCAGGGUGCGCAGGUUCUGAAGAUUCAGCCAGAUUCGGCCGGGGAAGCAACAUGUGAGGAGGCGACGCAGCUUGUGCAAAUGCAGAAGUGCGGUGACUGGCAACUGCUUCCCCAACCUUUGGCUUUGGACCUCCGCUUCGCGCAGAAUCAGCGAGCUUUGGACGAGAUCUUGACCAAGUCCCAGUGUUUGAUCCAUAGUUUCAGGGCAAACACGGCGGAACGUGUUGGACUGGGCAAGGCCUUGAAACAACGUCAUCCCCAGCUGCUGGUCAUCAGCAUCUCAGGUCAGGCAAAGUCCGCGGGGUCUCUGUUCGCCUAUGAUGCAGUGGUGACGCAGGGCAGCACCAUGACACAAUCGUCAGCGGUGCAGCACAUUACGCCAGAUGUUGCUGCCAAGAUGAUUUUGCAAUCACUGCAGAACACAGAGAAUGCCGGCAGACACGUUCGCGUCUCUGUCAUGAGUGCCAGCUGAAGCUUUGACGGCGAUGUGGC